CACUCAUAAGUCACCAUGGCUCAAAAAGAAGUUGAUAAGUACCUUUAUGUGGACAAAAACCUCAUCAACAACCCCCUGGCUCAGGCUGACUGGGCAGCCAAGAAACUGGUGUGGGUCCCAUCGGAGAAGAAUGGGUUUGAAGCGGCCAGUCUGAAGGAGGAAGUGGGAGAUGAGGCCAUAGUGGAGCUGGCAGAAAAUGGAAAGAAAGUGAGAAUAAACAAAGAUGACAUCCAGAAGAUGAAUCCACCCAAAUUCUCUAAAGUGGAAGAUAUGGCAGAGCUGACCUGCCUGAAUGAGGCCUCUGUGCUGCACAACUUGAAGGAGAGAUACUACUCAGGGCUCAUCUAUACCUACUCAGGCCUUUUCUGUGUGGUUAUAAAUCCCUACAAGAACCUGCCCAUAUACUCAGAGGAGAUUGUGGAGAUGUACAAAGGCAAAAAGAGGCAUGAGAUGCCUCCUCACAUAUACGCAAUCACAGACACUGCCUACAGGAGUAUGAUGCAAGAUCGAGAGGAUCAGUCCAUUCUGUGCACAGGUGAAUCGGGAGCUGGUAAGACAGAGAACACCAAGAAGGUCAUUCAGUAUUUGGCUCAUGUUGCUUCCUCGCACAAGAGUAAAAAAGACCAGGGAGAGCUUGAGAGGCAGUUGCUUCAGGCUAACCCUAUCCUGGAGGCUUUUGGAAAUGCCAAGACAGUGAAGAAUGACAACUCCUCGAGAUUUGGCAAGUUCAUCAGAAUCAACUUUGAUGUCAAUGGCUACAUUGUGGGAGCCAAUAUUGAGACUUAUCUCUUGGAGAAAUCACGUGCAAUCCGUCAAGCCAAAGACGAGCGAACCUUCCAUAUCUUCUACUACCUGUUGUCUGGGGCAGGGGAGCACCUGAAGACUGAUCUGCUGUUGGAGCCUUACAACAAGUACAGAUUCCUUUCAAAUGGGCAUGUUACGAUCCCGGGUCAGCAAGACAAGGAUAUGUUUCAGGAGACCCUGGAGGCAAUGAAAAUCAUGAGCAUCCCAGAUGAUGAGCAGAUAGGUCUGCUGAGAGUGAUCUCGGGUGUUCUUCAGCUUGGCAACAUAGUCUUCAAGAAAGAGCGCAACACAGACCAAGCCUCUAUGCCAGACAAUACAGCUGCUCAGAAAGUAUCCCACCUUUUGGGUAUCAAUGUGACCGACUUCACCAGGGGAAUCCUAACCCCUCGUAUCAAGGUGGGACGAGACUACGUCCAGAAAGCUCAGACUAAAGAGCAGGCUGACUUUGCCAUCGAGGCACUGGCCAAAGCCACUUAUGAACGUAUGUUCCGUUGGCUGGUGAUGCGCAUCAACAAGGCCCUGGAUAAGACCAAAAGACAGGGGGCAUCCUUCAUUGGAAUCCUUGACAUUGCCGGCUUUGAGAUUUUUGAACUGAACUCAUUUGAACAGCUGUGUAUUAACUACACAAACGAGAAGUUGCAGCAGCUCUUCAAUCAUACCAUGUUCAUUCUGGAACAAGAGGAGUACCAACGGGAGGGCAUAGAAUGGAACUUCAUUGAUUUUGGCCUGGACCUACAGCCCUGCAUCGAGCUCAUAGAAAAGCCGGCGGGGCCCCCUGGUAUAUUGGCUUUGCUGGAUGAAGAGUGCUGGUUCCCAAAAGCGACUGACAAAAGCUUUGUGGAAAAGGUGGUGCAGGAACAAGGCAACCACUCCAAAUUCCAGAAGCCAAAACAGCUGAAAGACAAAGCUGACUUCUGCAUUAUGCACUAUGCUGGCAAGGUGGAUUACAAAGCAGAUGAGUGGCUGAUGAAGAACAUGGAUCCUCUGAACGAUAACAUUGCUACUCUUCUCCACCAGUCCUCAGACAAGUUUGUGUCUGAGCUGUGGAAAGAUGAGAUGCAGAACGUUCAGAGAGCCUAUUUCUAUCAACACUUUCCUAUUCUUCAUCUAGAACCAGUUGAUCGUAUAGUUGGGCUGGAUCAGGUGGCUGGUAUGUCAGAUACAGCAUUGCCAGGAGCCUUUAAAACCAGGAAGGGUAUGUUCCGAACAGUGGGACAGCUCUACAAAGAACAGCUAUCCAAGCUGAUGGCUACCCUGAGGAACACCAACCCCAACUUUGUCCGCUGCAUCAUCCCCAAUCAUGAGAAGAAGGCUGGCAAACUGGACCCCCAUUUAGUCCUGGAUCAGCUCCGCUGUAAUGGAGUGCUGGAGGGAAUCCGUAUCUGCCGACAGGGCUUUCCCAAUAGAGUCGUCUUCCAGGAGUUCAGACAAAGAUAUGAGAUCCUGACUCCAAAUUCAAUUCCCAAAGGAUUCAUGGAUGGAAAGCAGGCCUGUGUGCUGAUGAUCAAAGCAUUGGAGCUGGAUCCAAACCUAUAUCGAAUUGGACAGAGUAAAGUUUUUUUCAGAGCUGGAGUCCUCGCUCACCUUGAGGAGGAAAGAGACCUGAAGAUCACAGAUGUCAUUAUUGAGUUCCAAGCAUGCUGCAGAGGAUACCUAGCCAGAAAGGCCUUUGCCAAACGUCAACAGCAACUAACUGCAAUGAAGGUGCUUCAGAGGAAUUGUGCUGCCUACUUGAAGCUGCGUAACUGGCAGUGGUGGAGGCUGUUCACCAAGGUGAAACCCCUGCUGCAGGUAAGCAGGCAGGAAGAGGAGAUGAUGGCCAAGGAAGAAGAGCUGGUGAAGGUCAAGGAGAGGCAGUUGGCUGCAGAAAACAGACUGACUGAGAUGGAGACCCUCCAAACACAGCUAAUAGCAGAGAAGCUGCAGCUGCAGGAGCAGCUGCAGGCAGAGACUGAGCUCUGUGCUGAGGCUGAGGAGAUAAGGGCCCGUCUAACGGCGAAGAAACAAGAGUUGGAGGACAUCUGUCAUGACCUGGAGGCCAGGGUGGAGGAAGAGGAAGAACGGUGUCAACAUCUGCAGGUUGAGAAGAAGAAAAUGCAGCAGAACAUUCAGGAACUAGAGGAGCAGCUGGAGGAAGAGGAAAGUGCAAGGCAGAAGCUGCAGCUAGAGAAGGUGACCACAGAGGCCAAGCUGAAGAAGCUGGAGGAAGAUCUAAUAGUUUUAGAAGACCAUAAUCUCAAACUGGCCAAGGAGAAGAAACUGUUGGAAGACAGAGUAUCUGAGUUCACAACCAAUCUAACUGAGGAAGAGGAGAAGUCUAAGAGUCUGGCUAAACUCAAGAACAAACAUGAGGCCAUGAUCACAGAUCUGGAAGAACGCCUGCGUCGCGAAGAGAAGCAGCGGCAGGAGUUGGAGAAGACUCGCAGGAAGCUUGAGGGAGACUCCACUGAUCUGCAUGACCAGAUUGCUGAGCUGCAGGCUCAGAUUGCAGAACUCAAAAUGCAGCUGGCCAAGAAGGAGGAAGAACUACAAGCAGCCUUGGCUAGGGUGGAGGAGGAGGCAGCCCAGAAGAACAUGGCUUUGAAAAAGAUCCGGGAGCUGGAAUCUCAGAUCACUGAACUGCAGGAAGACCUGGAGUCUGAGCGGGCAGCUAGGAACAAAGCAGAAAAACAGAAGCGGGAUCUGGGAGAGGAGCUGGAGGCAUUGAAAACAGAGCUAGAGGAUACGCUAGAUUCAACUGCUGCACAGCAGGAACUCAGGUCAAAACGGGAACAGGAAGUGACUCUUCUGAAGAAAACCCUGGAUGAUGAAGCAAAGACCCAUGAGGCACAAAUCCAGGAGAUGAGGCAGAAACAUUCACAGGCAUUGGAGGAGCUGGCAGAGCAACUGGAACAAACCAAGCGGGUGAAAACGAAUCUUGAGAAGGCAAAGCAGGCUCUGGAGAGCGAGCGUGCUGAGCUGUCCAAUGAGGUGAAGGUGCUUCUGCAAGGCAAAGGGGACUCUGAGUACAAGCGAAAGAAAGUAGAGGCCCAGCUCCAAGAGCUACAGGUGAAAUUUACGGAUGGUGAAAGAGUGCGGACAGAGCUGGCCGAGAAAGUCACCAAACUCCAGGUCGAGCUGGACAACAUUACAGGCCUUCUGAAUCAGUCUGACAGCAAGUCAAUCAAAUUAGCGAAAGACUUCUCUACUCUGGAGUCACAGCUUCAGGAUACCCAGGAGCUGCUUCAGGAGGAGACUCGCCAGAAGCUGAGCCUCAGCACCAAACUGAAGCAGGUGGAGGAUGAGAAGAACAGCUUCAAAGAGCAGCUGGAGGAGGAAGAGGAGGCAAAGAGGAACCUGGAGAAACAGAUCUCUGCCCUUCAGCAGCAGGUAGCAGACACAAAGAAAAAAAUGGAUGAUGGCCUGGGCUGCCUGGAGGCAGUGGAGGAAGCCAAGAAGAAGCUGCAGAAGGACUUGGAGGCCAUGAGCCAGCGUUAUGAGGAGAAGGCAGCUGCUUAUGACAAGUUGGAAAAAACAAAGACCCGGCUGCAGCAAGAAUUGGAUGACCUCAUUGUGGACCUUGAUCACCAGCGGCAGAUAGUCUCCAACCUGGAGAAGAAGCAGAAGAAGUUUGAUCAGCUGUUGGCAGAGGAGAAGAACAUCUCCGCCAAGUAUGCAGAGGAGAGGGACCGAGCUGAGGCAGAAGCCCGCGAGAAGGAGACCAAAGCCCUGUCCAUGGCCAGAGCCCUGGAAGAAGCCAUGGAGCAGAAGGCAGAGCUGGAGCGGCUCAAUAAGCAGUUCCGCACAGAGAUGGAGGACCUGAUGAGUUCCAAGGAUGAUGUUGGCAAGAGUGUUCAUGAGCUGGAGAAAUCUAAGCGAGCCCUGGAACAGCAGGUGGAGGAGAUGAAGACCCAGCUGGAAGAGCUAGAGGAUGAGUUGCAGGCCACAGAGGAUGCCAAGCUGCGGCUGGAAGUGAACCAGCAAGCCAUGAAGGCACAGUUUGAGCGUGACCUCCAGGGCCGGGAUGAGCAGAAUGAGGAGAAGAAGAAACAACUGAUCAGACAGGUACGAGAGAUGGAGGUGGAGCUGGAAGAUGAGAGGAAGCAGCGCUCCAUGGCUGUGGCUGCCAGAAAGAAGUUGGAGAUGGACCUGAAGGAUCUGGAAGUCCAGAUAGACUCUGCCAACAAGAAUCGUGAUGAAGCCAUCAAACAGCUCCGCAAACUGCAGGCCCAACUGAAGGAUUACAUGCGGGAGCUGGAUGAUGCACGCACCUCCAGAGAAGAGAUUUUGGUCCAGGCCAAAGAGAAUGAGAAGAAGAUGAAGAGCAUGGAGGCUGAGAUGAUGCAAAUGCAGGAGGAACUUGCAGCUGCUGAACGUGCCAAGCGCCAGGCCCAGCAAGAGAGGGAUGAGUUGGCUGAUGAGAUAGCGAACAGCAGUGGCAAAGGAGCCCUGGCCUUGGAGGAAAAGCGACGUCUAGAGGCCCGGAUAGCUCAGCUGGAGGAGGAGUUAGAGGAGGAGCAGAGCAACACAGAGAUGGUCAACGACCGGCUCAAGAAAGCAAACCUUCAGAUCGAUCAAAUAAAUACUGACUUGAAUGCCGAGCGCAGCAAUGCCCAGAAGAACGAAAAUGCUCGCCAGCAGAUGGAGCGUCAGAACAAGGAGCUUAAGGCCAAGCUGCAGGAGAUGGAAAGUGCAGUGAAGUCCAAGUACAAGGCUUCUAUCACUGCCUUGGAGGCAAAGAUAGCACAGCUGGAAGAGCAGCUGGACUCAGAGACCAAGGAGCGCCAGGCUGCAGGCAAACAGGUGCGCCGUGCUGAGAAGAAGCUGAAGGAUGUCUUGCUGCAGGUGGAUGAUGAGAGACGCAAUACUGAGCAGUACAAAGAUCAGGUAGAUAAGGCGAACGUGCGCCUGAAGCAGCUGAAGCGCCAGCUUGAGGAAGCCGAGGAAGAGGCCCAGCGAGCCAAUGCGUCCCGCAGAAAGCUGCAGCGUGAGCUGGAGGAUGUCACUGAAACGGCUGAUGCAAUGAAUAGAGAGGUCAGCUCCCUCAAGAGCAAACUCAGGCGUGGGGACCUGCCAUUUGUCGUGCCACGCCGGAUCGCCAGAAAGGGCACAGGAGAAUGCUCCGAUGAGGAAGCAGACAGCAAGGCAGAUGCUGGUGAUGCCAAAGCUACUGAAUAAGUCUUCUCAUCUGACCCAGGUUACACCUGACGGAGUGACCUACCCACCCCUCCUCCAGUGGUCUUCCUGCAAACCACCUCCUGGGGAACACAGAGCCCAUCCAAUGUGUGUUUUGUGUAUCUGGAGCCAUUGGGCACCUGUGUUCCACAUUUCCUCCUCUUCCCAGCUUCCAAGUUCUCUUUGUAUUUAAUGCCAAAGAGUUGGGAUUCUAAAAUCUGACCAGCAGAGUUCGAUGACUACACACACCUGUAGAACUGUCCGUGCCGUGGCUGCUGGUGAAUCUUUACACUUGGAAGGAGAGGGGUUAGGGAAAAAAAAUUAUUUUAUUUUUUUUUGCUGUAAAUCUACUUUCUUCAGAUCCUAGUUUGAUAGAUGCAAAGAAAGCCCGCUCCUCUAUUCUCUUCCCCCCCUCCCCCGUUUGCUUUUUGGCAAUCAUGUUCAGUGACCUCAGACUUCUGCCUCUUUAAUCUGCCCACCCAGAUGGUUUGGAAGCAGUUUCAGGAAUAACGGGGUGCUUUGGCCAUGGCAAUUCACCCUUUCUUCUUUCUAGAGCCCACACAUUCACAGGCAGGGGUGAAGGAGGGAAGCAUCUUUCAGGAUCACCCACCUGGGGGACUUGCCAAAGACUUUUUCUUUCUUGUUCUUACUGUCUGGCCAGAUCUCGGAAGUGCAAUGAUGUCCUGGUAGUGUCUCUGCUUCUGUCUGCUUGGCUUUUUAGCUAAGGUAGUGUGGACCAGUAGCUGGUGACAGGGACAGAGAAACCAGAAGAAUCUCUGUGUGCUUGUCUGAGAAUCUCUUGAGGACCAAAUAUAUUGAAUGGUAAUGGACCGAAUCUAGUGGAAUUUAAUGUGUGUCGGUGGGAGGGGUGAGGAAGGGAGGAGAAAUCCCUCUUUUUAUUGACAUGUCCAAGCCUCUUGUGUAUCUGCUCUGUAACCAGGGGAUGGGGUUAGUUAUUCUGCACCAUUGACUAAGAGUAUAUUAAAAACCCUUUAAUCUGCACAGAUAUACGUAAAGGGCCUUUGUGUCUCUUGUAAUAAGUAAUUAAAAAAAUAAAAUAAAGGUCUUUAUCACUGCCUUUCUAUUGGGACCUUGGUUAUAUAGAGAUAGUCUUUACUUUUCUACAUCGUACACUGGUUGCUGGAUUUACCUGUAUUCUUAACCAUAUUGUAUAUGCUGCAUUUAGACUUACUUAUGAGCAAAGAAAAAUAAUUAAAAAUAUGAAGCUCCAAUACUGUAUGCCUGAAAGCGCUCUAAAUUCAGGCACCUGUGUCCCAAUCGCUGUCACAAAGGAUUUAAAACCUUUUUUAUAUAAAAGUGCCUUAGCAUAUGCCUCAGCUGUCACCACUACAGUCAGUAAUGGUUUACUGGUGCUCCACUGAUGUUACCAAUAAAGAUUAUCCA